GAUUUUCAAUUUCUAUUUUCAGCCGUUCAAGUUCCUAUGUGAUUGGGUUAUAGUCAAAGGUCAGACUGUUGGAAAAACGAAACAAGACAUUCUCAACGAAUUAAGUAGAAAUAAAAAGUUCAACAUGAAGAUACCCUAUAACAAAUGUAGAUUACGGAAGAAGAAUUGGCGCAAUCCAACCAAGGCCUGCCUGGACGAGCAGGUGUGGGAGGAAGACGUAAUGCUCACCUCGAACCCCGAACUGCUCAUUCAGGAGCUGCCCGAAACCGAAAUAGUUACAUCACCUUCACAACUACUUGUUUUCCUGCGACGGUGGUAUCCCUCCAAACUGCAGCUUGCAUCGCUUCAGGAGAUCGCUGUCGAGCGAGAAGACAGUCUACAGGGCCUCAAAUCAAAGAUCUCAGAAGUGAGCGGUAUUGCAGUUGAGUUUGUGGAGGUGUGCAAGUCGACGGUGGGCUUCCCGAGCGAUGUGUCGGUGCUGACGGUGCAGGACAUGGAGUGGAACCGGCAGGCCGACACCUGCGAAGGCUGGCCACUCAGCAUCGACGACGGGUCUGUGCUCUUCUAUAGGGAUAAUCGGGAACAACUGAAAACGCUGACCAACGAAGAGAGGAAGGAGCUGACGAACAAGGAGAACGCACGGCUCGGCUCCACGUGUCAUUUCUCCUCGCCGCGCAAAGAGCGCCCGCUCAAAAUAUACUUUGACGGCUCGCGCUCUGCCAACUCCAACCCAACUACCUCCUCCUCCUCCUCCACCUCAAAUGCCGACUGUUCUGUCUGAUCGAGCCCAAGCCUAACUACAAUCGCCUCUUUUCAUACUUGCAUUUUUUAAACUUCUCUCGAGUUAAUAAUCGAUUGUUAAAAUGGUUCUAGGAGUUAUGUCUCUGCUAUGGCUUUGAAGCACAGAGACUAAUAUAGGUACAACCGUGUCUUUUCUUACUUGAAUUAAUCUUAUCUCGAGUUAAGUAAUCGAAUCUAGGAGAUGGUCUCUGCUAUGGCUUGUGAAGCACUGUUUUGACAAAUAUCUAGGUACGACUUGUAUACGCGUAUAUUGCAUGUGAUUUUGCGCUCAUUUUUCAAUCAUCCUCCAUUCUCACACUUAUACGCGAAAAAUAACAACUACUUAGUGGAAUCAAUACAUAAUAUAUUGUUAAAAAAUGUAUUUGAAACUACAAAAAUAUUACAUAUGUGCAUUUCAUGUCUAAGAAUGUACUUUUUUAAGCCAAUCGUUUUAACUCGACUGGCUAAUUUAUGUUACUAAUUGUGUUUUUGUUAUAAUUUAUUUCAUUAUACAAUAAUACCCUUUAAACAUAACUAUUGUUGUGUUAUCAUUAUUUAUGCUAUUAUUUAUAAAGCUACUUAUUUAUGUGAUGCAUGCAUCACAUAUGGAUUUCUUUUUAGAUUUAUUCGUUUAUUGAAGACAAGUACAGAACUUGAAUCUCAAUUAGAUUUAUCAAUUGAAAUAUCAUUUUAAGUUAACACAAAAUAUUCUUCAAUGGACUUUAAUUGGAACUGGUUGUUUAAAUUAGCAUUUAAAUGUAUAUUCCAGAUCUCAAUUAUUCAAUUUUAACCAGAUGUAUUUAAUCCUGCCCUUUCAUGUGAUCUUCUAAGAAAUUUAGGUUAAAUUUUUCAUGAAAAUGCAAUCAAUAGAGGACUAGAGGACUUCCUUACCUCAUCUGUGAAUUGUAAAAUUGUCAAAUGUGCUAGAAUCACAUGCUUUGCUAAUGUGUUGUUUACUUAUGGCUUUGUCAUGAAUAUAUAUGUGAAUACGGAUGAUGUAUAAAUGGAUAAUGACACAUAAUUCUACCAAAGAUUCAAUUGUUUAGAUAAUAAAUUGAAAUUGGUUGAAGAGUUUUUCUGCCAACACUAUGUGAUCAGAUAUUUAUCUUGCGAGAUGGCAAUUGAAAAAUCUAAUAUAUAUAUGUAAUUUAUUGUAUGAUAUAAUAUUAUUAUUAUUGUAAUACUGUAUAAACUUAUCAAUAUCAUCUGCUCUGAAAAUUGUAAUAAUGUGUCAUUAUUUUUUUCGGAACUAAAAUAAUGAGAAUAAAAACAAUUUUGGAUGCUUCCAAUCCGCAAAACUCUCUAAGAUUGAGUGGUUAUAAAUUAUGGCGGAAAGACAUUAGGACAAUUUGCUAUCGGAAUUCUUGUGGCUUCAAGUAAGAAUUUUGAACAAAAGUUGUGUAUGCAUUUCUACAAAGCAAUUUCGACUCAUUAGUAUGCCAAUGUUAGAUCAUUUUAUUUCUAAGAAAAACCAAGUUGGUGAAUUAUACAUUUAAUUGAAAUUUCAAUGAUAGCUUUGCUUGGUGAUUAAAAAUUGAUAAAGUGAUAAAGGAAUAAUUCUUCCGGGAUUAUUAGAAUAAAUUAUUAUACAAAAUCCUUGUUACCUUGUUAAUAUUUUGUUUUUAUGUAGAAUACUGAUACUUAUUGACUGUCAUCAAAUCAUUUCAGUGCUGACGUUAUCUCAGCGUUACAUUGCGCUUACUUUUCUAAUUGGAUAAAUUUAGAACUAGUGUUUUGGUUAAUGUGCAGUAUUAUUCCAUACCGUAUAAUGGAUCGAUUUUUGUGCCUAAGACUAGUCAAUAUUACGGAAUAGGUACUAUCAACAUCAACUCAUUGUUCCACGAUCUUCAUUCGAAUGUAACUCAAUGUGAAAAUUUAUACUAGCCGAUGCCAUCGAUUAUAAAACUAUUGCUACUAUUAUUUCACAAUUUUCAGGCUCUCUGAUUUUUUUAUUAAUGCGUGUUUUAAGUAAAUGAAUUUCAACUUGAACUUGAACUAUAAACUGGAUUUUUAAAUUGAUUAAUUUAAAUUGUAAUUAAAAUCCAUAUUUGUAAUUUAAACUUCAUAUUUUUGGAACCAUUUCUGGUAGUGAAAAUUGGGAUUAAUUAUUGCUAACAUUGCAUUUAUCAUGAGAGGUUAAGAAUCAUAUUAUCAACUUUACAAAAUACAUAAAAAAGAUAAACUAGCCUCUGUUAUAUAAACUUUUAAUUGAUUUAUUCUUACUUUUUAUGUUGAACCCCAUGAUUAAUAUUAGAAUGCUGUAGGGACAAUCUGUUUUUUAGCAGCAGUCUGCUAAAAAAACUCAGUUUCACUCAAUGUCAGAAAUUUCAUUUUGCAUAUUUUAUUAUAUUCCUUAUACAUUUUUUUCUUUCACUCAAAUUUGCUCUUGUUUAGAACUACCUUUAAAUAAUGUUUUACAAUUAUCAUUUGGCAAUUAUCCUCAGGUGCUUGUAAUGUAAGUUAAGUGCUGGUCUUUGUAAAUUAAGCUUAAUGUAUAAUAUUUUAUCAAUCUGGUCUUGAUAAAUUCAAAUAGGUGGCAUGGUAACUACCAAAAACUGUAAUAAGUCUAUAAUACAGUAAGAUAUAGUAUAAAUUUUUCAAGUCAAGUUAUUGUCUAUUGAUUUAGAAUCUAAUACAACCAAAAUUUGUGCAACUGGUUUUUACCAAGUGUUUCUGAGCCACAUUUUUCUAUCAUGAAAAACAGAAAUGGUCCCAGCAGCAUUCCAAAUAAUUAGUAUAAAUAUUGUGUUAAAAACAAAUUUUCUUCUAAACUUUCAGAUAUAUCAGGGUAUUUUUGGAUCAAAAAAUCUCAACCUUUAUAUUUUAAAUAAACUAUGAUUCGAAAGGUUUUAUGAAAUGGCUUGAAAUGAUUCUUUUGAAAAAAACACAAUUUAUUACCUGUUUGUUACUUUAUUGUUUGGUUUAGAGAAUACGGAAAUUGUGCAGUUAUAGGUUAGUGAUAAACCUUCAAAUUUAUUUAUUGCUAUUAUUUAUUUCAUCUGUGUACGGUAAUUAAAAUCCUUCGUCUGAAGAUUUGUAAGAAUUGAAAUAUUUUCUCAUUGAAAAAUGUUUGUCAUUAAAAUUGAAAAUCGUGAAAAAAA